AUGCCGUCAAAAAAGCGAAAAUACAAUGCGAGGUUUCCAGCUGGGCGGAUUAAGAAGAUUAUGCAGACUGAUGAAGAAGUGGGAAAAGUCGCACAAGCGGUGCCUAUAAUAAUUUCUCGUACACUUGAAAUGUUUGUGGAAUCAUUGCUGAGCAAAGCCAUGCAGGUUACGAUGCAAAGGAAUGCUAAAACCCUUAGUCCGUCUCAUGUCAAGCAAUGUAUAUUGGCUGAAUCGAGAUUUGACUUUUUAAGGGACUUGGUAAAGAAUGUUCCUGAUGUAACAGCAGCAGAAGAAAAGGAAAUACAAAGUGGAGAAAGCUCACCAAACUCAUCCAGGUUCUCAGAAGUUUCUGCAUCAAGGAGGGUAGUCCGAGUAGAUUCAAACAGCUCAAAUAGUUCAGAUGUAAAAGAAACUUUACCAGACGACACACAGCAUAGAAGUGUAAUACAAGUAAACCCGACUUACGCUAGUCCACAACCGUCUACGUCGAGCUUCGCAAUAUUAAGUUCAGUUGAGAUGAAUAAAGAAAUCCCGCAGAAGGAUUCGUUCCUGAUACGACAAAAAACACCCCCACUGACACCAGUUACCCCUUUAGCGCCGAUCAUCAAGAUAGACUUUACGAAGAAUUUAACGAAACCGGAGAUAAAAGUUUUAGAUGCGAAUGUGGUUAAGGAUAAGAAACCUAAACAGACAAGGACGAAAGUGAAAAAGAUUGAAGUUCCAAAGCCUGUAAAUAUAGAUCACAUUAACUCUGAUAUGCAAUUGGAUGAAGACUAUGAUACAUGA